AUGGCAUCGUUAAUUAAAGAUUUAAUAAUGAGUCCUAUUGAACCAAUGAAAAAUCUUAUAAAAAUCAUCAAAUUUAAUGGAGGCAUUCGUAAAAGCAUUUAUACAUUGUACAGAAUGGAUAGUCUUAAAUUCGGCAAAUAUGUUGGUAGGGAUCGAUAUGGAAAUAAAUAUUAUGAAAAUCCAAGAUAUUUCUUUCCAACAAAUAGAUGGGUUGUGUAUGCUGAACAUCAUGGUCUAAACUAUGAUGCAUCUCAGGGUUCUCCCGAGUGGCAAGGCUGGUUACAUCAUCGUACAGCAAAUCCACCAGAAUCCGAUAAUUUACCCCAUUGUUAUUCGUUAGAACAUAACGAAAAUAAAACAGGAACCAGAGACCAGUAUUAUCCAUAUUCUACAACCAGGCCUAAGAUUUUGAUAUGGACUCCUCCUAAACCUGUUGAACCUAAAUGCAAAAAGAAUGUAUAA